GAAACAUCGUCGGCCCCUUUUUCCUGACUACAAUCCUACCAGUGUCAUCCAAUUCAUUGUGAUCCAUGGACUGGAGUUGAUGAAGGCUGCGACAAACCACGAAUCACCGCCUCCGUCCCUCCUUCAUGUUUGGUCCAUACCACCUUCUUCCUGCCGUUGCUACCUCAAGUCCUGUUUCUGGAAAUUGAAUGCUACCCACACGCCGCUCGGUCCUGUUCGCCUCGAAUCUUCUUUGAAGCUUCCAAUUCCAGCGCCUUGCUUCAUUCUCCUAUGCCUGGGGGCCGCUGGGACACUGUUUACAACCAGUUCCAAGUUCGCCCGACUUGCACCCUGACGGGGCCUUGGAUCUGUUGUGCUGGCCAUCAUGUUGCUUGACUACUUUGGCUCAGGCAUCCAUCUGCAAAGAAUGUGAAGCCCAUAGGAGGAAAGGCUUUGAUAGCCGAUGCCUUGUUUGGUCACCAUGCUAGAUGAUCAUGUUUACAGACAUCGGCAAAAUGUGUUCUCCGUUGGACAAUACCUAUGGACAAUACCUAGACCCGAAGGAUCCCAUUUUGCCGACUGCCAUCCAGGACCAGGCUACCCAAUGCUUCUCUAUGGCUUCUACCUGCUUUCUAGCUCACUACUUCAAAUCACCGGCUGUUUGGGCGGGCCCCAGAGCAAAGCCUUGCUUCGAGAAAAUUCCGCCGGCGCGACUUGUCAAACCCCAAUGCCGGUGUAGAUCAUAUUCCUGAUCGGCGACCGAGGCGGCCGGUUGGGCUUUUGGGCAUCAUCGGCGCCCAAAAAGUAAAUCAUAAAUGGGGCUUCUCCAGGAAAUCACCAUACGGUAGAGAAACCGCUAGGUCGAAUUCAAGGAUGAAAGUACCCUUGUCUCCGGGAAGGUUCCUUUCUGCUUCGACCAUCACCCAAAAGCCCCCUGUCAUCGAAUCCGCCUAACGACCGAACUCUUUUCUAACCCGGCCCGAAUGGAUAUUACACUGAUUACAUUCUGUAUCGGUCGGCCGGUGCAUACCAGGCCACACUUGAGACGUCCAAAUUGCCCCGGCGUAUCACUAUGGUAAGCGGCAUGCUUUCAUCGUCCGCCAUGGAGCUUUGACCGCUGUGAAGCCGCUGGCUCGAAACUCGGACAUCUACAAUGGGACAUACUCCCAGCUUGACCAGGUUUGUUGUUGGCUGCAACCCGCUUCGCUAGUCUUGCCUCGCAUGUUCAUCACCCGCUGAUCUCCACCCCGGCCAAUGGUGGCCAUCGCCCUGUCAAAAUGGCGACCCAAGGCGGAACACCCUCGAGGACCCCAUUCAUCUGCGUUUGGCAAUGUGCGAUGCGACUCCGGGCCAACAAGCUCGUACUGUACCUCGUUGGCGUUCCAGGCCUAGAAGUGUGUUGUACCAGUGUCGACGAGACGAAACGCGUGACUACCAGCAAAUGCGCUUCCCCGAACCACGAUGCCCAUUCCGCCAGUAUCGGGCACCAACCGCGUCACCAGCCUACAUGGUGACGGGCAGCAUAUGCCAAACAUGGGGCCGUUAUGAGAUCCAUAACCCUGCUAGUAUCAUGGUCCGCGCUGUGUAAAGGCGAGGAUAAAUCAGAAGGCUUCCAGAAAGCGCAAGGACCUACGCCAUUGUUCCCCCGGCUCCUAGUUCGCAACCCUGUGGCGUAUACUACCAGGGUUUAGCCACCAGCAUUCCGGACCCGGCUAAAAAAUGUGUACAAGAACCUGGGAACGCGUCGACGUCGACGCCUCGCUCACGGCAUCGGCAACGACCUCCCGCCAAGGUCAGGCAUACCCGUUUCAGCCCCUGUCGUGGGUGGGCCUUUCGUAAGAAACUAGGCUGCCCCGGGGUUGCGGAACGAGUACGCAUCAGACAACUUCGAGAAUAGCUUUGGAAAUGGGCCUUGAACGUUUGAGGGCCAAACGUCGAUGCCUUGUAUCCUCCACGUGCCUUGUGCGAAUACAAUAUCAUUAUUGGAUCCUUCCUUCUUGUGCCUCAUUCGCAACCGUGUGGCAUCAAACAUAUUGCCCAAUACUUGACCGCUAUCUUAUGCAGAACCCCCUGCCAUCCGACUGUUGAAUCUCUCCUAUCAAAAGAGCCGGCGAGCCAUCUACCUAUUGCCUUUCUUUUCGUGCGCUUUCCAUGCACUGACUGCCCGUCUUCUUUGGAUCUUUCUGAUCAUGUUGGCCUUGAGUUCCACGAUCCACAAUCCAUACUCGAAGUAUUUCGCAGAUAUCGCUCCUGGAAUCCAGUCUGCCUUCGAACUAACCAACGAUACCACAAACAUGUCUGACAGGGAGGACUUCCUGUAUCCAAGAACACAACCUUCCAGCCUGUCGAGACAGUCGGCGGAAAGUCCAUCGCAAUUCGGACUUCAAAGCAAUCGUUUUACCCCAUGGUCGACAUCAACGUACGAUCCUUUCGCUGGCGAACCCGGUGGGCGCAUAACUCCCGAUCACCCGGAGCCGCUGCGCCAGAGGCUGCCUCCCGAGAUACACAGUGCGCCACGCCCGCCCGCGUCCACGGCCGUUGGAGAGUCAUUGCGACCCUUGUCGUUCACGUCUCAGUCCUCCGCCUUCACAUCCGACGCAGGAUCGUACCAGCCGCUGGGUCCGCCUCCCAGGUCAAAUCCAGAUGACCAUACGAUGGCACUACGUCGACAAAGCCAGGAUAGUUAUGGGUUACAGACAGGGUCGCCCAGCAGUCAAGGCUACGCAGACUAUGAACUGGAGACGCAGAACCGCCGGGGUUCCGAGAUGGGAAGGGCGGCCGCUCGGUACCACACUCGCAGACGACCUUUCAACCAGGAUGAGUUCGACGGGCCGUCUCAACUCUUGCCGCUGCCCUUGCCGCAGCAGGAGCAUGCCCGCUCUCAAGCGCUUCCGGCUCUCCCCGUUCAUCUUGCUAUUGAGGAACAGGACGAGAUCAUGCUGCAUGUGAACGACAUUCUCUCGCGUUGCGCAUUCCAUUUCGUAGCCAAAUACCAAUUCCCAAUCCCCCUCGAACGAGACAAACCUCGAGUCCGCGCCCCUGAGGACCGGGAGUGGACAGAGUGGGCCUACCUAUUGAAAAGGUUAGCCACAAAGAGGAGGAUCCCAGCCCGUGUCCUUUACGACAACCAGAUCAAACAGUUUGUUACGACUUUGGAGAAUUCAAUCGCGGUGAGGCAGCCCAACAGAGAACAGCAAGUGAGAAGGCCCAGAGACGACCGUUAUAUGCUACAGCUUAUCAGUGCCGGCACCCAAGUGGCUAAAAUUAUGAUGGACUCUUUAUCUAUGGAACAACUUGAUGCUUUGUACCGACAGACGGAGAGCCUGAUCUUGGAGAGAAGGUCAAGACUGAGAGGACUUGGAUUACAAUGAACAUUGGGUUUGGCCGGCUGUCUAUUUUAUGGGUUUUGCUGUUGCAGAAUGAUGUGGACGAGGUAUUCUAUGAUCUGAAGCGUGUGAAUUUAUCUCUAUUGGUACAUCCCCUGAUCGUUCCCCAUCAUUGUGCUGGCAUUGGAUGGGACAACUGCAAUUUACCUACACCGACUUAAUACAUAUACCGAGUCCUGUGACGAUCUGCUAACUUGAGCCUUGAGUCCCGAGCGCAUACUUGGUUUACGCUGGCAAAAUGACAAUUUAUCCUAAUUUUAUAGGCUCAAUUGGCAGGGCGAAGUUGCGAUUGCUACUCAGUCGCCAGCCGCGCGUUGAAGUGGACUGAGGAGCUUACACCUACACAAAUCGGACGCCAUGGGACUCGGCCCCUUUUUCCGGGCUUUUUGAACUGAUUCAAUGAGUACUGGAGUAAAAUAACUACUAGAUAAGAAUCAGAGCUCCUCCGGAUUGAAAUGAAUGAUAAUUUCAACAACAGCUACCGACAUGGUAGCAACGAAGAGAUGAGAAAGAUGGCCCAUCUGCUACCCAUACUUCACAACCUUGCAGAGAAAACAAAAGGAACAAAAGGUUUUCUAGAAUUCAGCGGCAGCACAGGGCAAUCCAUCUUUCUCGGCGGCAGUACAAUAGAGUGGAAAAAGCUGUUAUUCCAUGCAACAAAUCGUCUGAUCGACCAUGAUAUCCAGUCCAGUCUUUGAGAUCCCUCAGAAAAUCACAUUCCAUGUGCCCAACGAAUGUUCCCCAUCCCAUUGCCCAUCAACUCUUCUCUGGCGAGCGAGGAAGACAAAGAGAGUGACUAGUUUCAGCCAUCCAUCUAUUUUGUAGACCUACUACUGCUUGACUGCAUUGACGAUCGAUGCGUUGAUGCCUGAACUCGAACAGCACCAAGUACAUAAACGGAUGGAGACCACCGCCAUCUCCACUUUUUACUUUGCUACUUACCAGGAGGAGAAAGAGAAACGUGUUCUGAAG